UUCUUCUUCUUCUUCUUCUUCUCCACGCUCUCCUCUCUAUCGUUAGAUACUUUUGUGGUCGACUUGCUUCUUAUCGACUGCUGGCGGGGUUACAACGGCCGAUUGGUUUCAAGUUGGCCGCCAUUAAAGAUUAAACCGAGAGUGGAACCGCGUCUUUCGUUGGAUUUCACCCACCGCGUCCCCCACCGCCGUCGACUUCGCUUGCUCAUCGCUCUCUCUCGUCUCGAGCUUCCAACUUGCCGUCACACGUCGUCGCGCCUUGUACUAUUCUCGCACGCACGCACGCCUCACACACUCUCGCCCACUCCACCUUCACCACCCCAACCACCACACCACCACAAUGGGUCUCCUCUCGCACGGCAUGGACGCGCUCUCGCUCGGCUCCAAGAGCCGACGCUCGAGCGCCGCCGCCCAGGCCGGCCCCGAAGAGACGGACGGGCGCGACGCCGACACGUCAACCCUCGACAAGGACGAGGGCAACCUCCUGCUCGCGCUCGUCGCCCAGUUGCGCCCAGGCAUGGACUUGAGCAAGAUUGCGCUUCCGACGUUCGUCCUCGAGCCGCGCUCGCUGCUCGAGCGCAUCACCGACUUCUUCUCGCACCCGGACCUCAUUGCUUCCGCUGGGAGUGAGACCGACCCCAAGGCGCGUUUCAUGCAUGUCCUCACAUUCUACCUCUCCGGCUGGCACAUCAAACCACGAGGCGUCAAGAAGCCUUACAACCCCGUCCUCAACGAGUUCUUCCGCUGCAUGUACUACUACCCCGAUGGCACCACCGCAUACUACGUCGCCGAGCAGGUCUCGCACCACCCACCCAUCUCGGCCUUCUUCUACGUCGCCCCCAAGAUGGGCGUUUUGGUCACUGGCGAGCUCAAGCCAAAGUCGAAGUUCCUUGGCAACUCGGCGGCGACGAUCAUGGAGGGCGAGGACCGUAUCAGGCUUCUCCAGCGCCCCGAGGACGGCGAGUACUCGAUUACUAUGCCCAACACGUACGCCCGUGGUAUUCUGUUCGGCAAGAUGGUCCUCGAGCUCGGUGACAUGUCGGUUAUUCGCAAUGACAAGACCGACUACCGUUGCGAUGUCGAGUUCAAGACCAAGGGCUGGAUCUCCGGUGGCUACAACCAGAUUGGCGGCAAGGUCAAGGGCCCAGGCAAGAGCGACCAGGGCGAGCUGUCUGGAAACUGGAGCGGCGCUAUCGAGUUCGCCGACAAGAAUGGCAAGAGGAUACUGUUCGAUGCCGACGGCGCGAAGACGGCCCCCAAGUCGGUUCUGCCAGAGGAGGAGCAGGACGAGAACGAGUCCAGGCGACUCUGGUCCAAGCUCACCGAGGCUAUCAAGCUGCAAGAUAUGACUGCCGCCCAGGAGGCCAAGUCCGAGGUCGAGGAGCACCAGCGUGGCCUUCGCCAGCUUCGCGAGGAGGCGGGGGAGGCGGCUCCCCCGUCGCGAUUCUUCAAGCCUGUGGGAGACAAGUUCAUGCCCAAGUUGGAUAUUGACAACCUGCCAAAGGAUGUCAACGCGCUCGAGGACGUUAUCCGCAAGUUCAUCUUCCCCAAGAAGGCGCCAGGGCCGUCUACCAACGGAUCGGGGACGCCAUCGUCGUCAAACUUCCCCUCUGGACCGCGCGGUCCUGGCAAUGGCCCUCCCACGAAGAAGAGCCCACCGUCUACGCCCUCGUCGUACGGCACUGCUGCGUCGUUCUCGUCGGGCAGCUCGUCGGGCGGCAAGUCGCCCCGCAAGGCAUGAUGAGCACGGCGCCGCGCGACGACAUACGCGCAAUAGAGACACGAUUUGGCCGUCAAGGACGGCCCUGUGGAACGUUUGUUUGGUCGCGACGCUGGCGACGCGUCGAAUGUGAGAUACAAGAAGCAGAGGAGGCAAGGUUAUCCUAGCACCAGUUCCACGCGCGGUGAAGAGCCGCGCAAUAGACGGCGGGGUGGGGAGGGGGGUGCGCGGUCACUCUCUUCGCUCUGCCGAAGCCAUAAUUGAUGUAGUAUGC